AUGUUAACCGCAACUGCGGCCAACUGUUUUGAGGAAGCACUUGAAGCGCUCUUAGAUAUGUUCGAUGAACCUCAGAUCCCCGUGGAAGUUCUUCGAAGCGCUGCGUCCAAUAGCACCAUUAAGAUGCUGGAUAUAAUAUUCCGAGAAGACCCGGAUAUGGAGAUUCCACAAGAUAUCUUACAGAGUGUGGCGAAGAAUCGCAACCAUGGCGCAAGAAUGAUGGAAUAUCUCUUGAAGCGAAAGCCAGAACUCGACGUGACGUGGGAUAGUCUCCUCUGUGCAGCAGCCAACACAACAUCCGAGCAAGCUGUGGGUGUGACAAAGCUACUUUUUGCCCAUGAUCCGACUCUGGACAUCAAAGAAAGCGUGCUCCGUACCGCAGCGAGGUAUGGCAAUAAAGAUAUGCUCCGAUGUCUGCUAGACCACCAACCGGCGCUGCAGAUCUCGCAAGAGCUAGUCGGUUUCGCAGCCAGAAACUGGAUUCCAGGUCAAGGCGAGUGUGCAGUCGACCUUCUUCUCGAGAGAAACCCAAACGCUGUGGUGGAUAUGGAUCUCGUGAUUGCGGCUGCAGCGCGAGUCAACAAGCCCGAAUUUGAGCUGCUCUGGAACAACCUCUUCUAUUAUUACCCUGACAUCCUCGAGUUUCUGCUUGGUAAAGAUCUCGAGAUCAUCCCCAGCGAGGAAUGCUUCCAGAAUCCUCUUGGAGGUGAAUCCUUGGCGGCAAAGCAAAUACUAGACUUGCUCCUGAGACGCAGUAAGGACUUUGUUCCCUCUGAAGCAACUUAUUCUGCGGCUAUAGAAGGUAACAGCGAGACAUCAGUUUACUUUCUUGGCAAAUUCAAAACGCUUGCGCCGACAGAGCAAACUUGGAAAAAUGCCGCGUGCCUUGACGAUGAAAAUUCGAGAGGCGGAUGCACAGUCCUACGAAUCCUCUGGGGUAGAGGACUGCGACCUGCCAAUUUGGCGGCUUUGGUUGAAUCCGCCGCGAGAAAAGGAAACGUGGCCUCGGUCGAGUUCCUCCUCCAACAGAAUGCCAUCCAGGGUAUGAAGGAGCGGUGGCUGCCAAUUGCCCAAUUAAUGCAAGCGACUGCAGAGCGACCCACGAAGAUAGUACGAGACUUGCUCGACAAAGGCAUUGACCCCAACACUAAAUCAGAUGUCGAAGGCCGCACACCACUGCUAACGGCUGCUCUACUAGGUCGUGAAGAGGUCGUGGUUAUACUACUCGAAACAAAGGCCGUGGAUUUUGAGACGAAAGAAUUCGUAUUCGGGCGAACGCCACUAAUGUGUGCGGCAGAGCAAGGUCAUACAGAGGUUGUAAGACUCUUGCUAGAGAAAGGAGCUGAUAAGUGUGUAACGGAUGCCCAAGGAAAGACGGCCUUUACACUCGCGAAUGAGUCAAGUCUUAAUAACGACGUCGCGGAGUUAUUGCAAUAG